GGUUUAAAUCAAGUCAACGUGUUUUUAAGGCCUGAUGGAAACGACGUCAAAGCCAACGGGAGGCCGGAAAAAGGCGGUUUCUAAGUCGGCAAAGGCCGGACUCCGCUUCGCGGUGGGUCGGGUUGCCCGCUACCUCAAGAAAGGCCGUUAUGCACAGCGUUGCGGCCGUGGCGCUUCCGUCUAUCUCGCUGCCGUCCUUGAGUACCUUGCUGCUGAGGUGUUGGAAUUGGCGGGGAAUGCGGCACGUGACAACAUGAGGAAGAGGAUCAAUCCACGACACGUGUAUAUAGCUGUGCAGCGGUUAAAAAAUGGUGUGAUCGGUUAA